CGAAUGUGCUAUUCUCAUAUUCUGGCAGGCGGCGAAUUCCAUCGCACGCGCGUUGUGCACGCCUCAUGGCCAAGCGCAAUUUUCCGCUAUUUUUAGCGGCCACCACCGCCCGCCGCCAUCAUCGAAACUUUUGUUUAGUCGAUCGCGCGCCCGCCAACCGCACGCUUUUACUUUUCUUUACACUUCAGUAUCCACACUUCAACAUAUUCAACAAAAAUGUGGCGUGAAUCUGUUUACAGUGGUACUCUCCGUCCGCAAGCCGACAUGACAAAACAAAUAACCGGUAAUAAUCUGGAUAAACUCAUGGAUCAACUUGCGUUUUCACGCACAACUGAUCACCAUACAAGUGUAUCAUCACGACAUUCAAUCAACCGCAUUGAUUCGGGCAUAUACCUCGGCGAUAAAUACGCAGCGAAAGAUAAAAAGUUCUUACUUGCUAAUGGUAUAACACACGUGUUGAACUGCGCAGAGGGCUAUGAUGAGUACCAGGUGAACACCAAUCAGGAGUACUACCGUGACGUCGGCAUAAAAUACAUGGGUAUUCCCGGUCAUGACCGACCCUCGUGGAACAUCUCGGUUUACUUCAACGUCGCUGCACAGUUCAUCGCCAGCGCCAUCAAGCAAGGAGGCAGUGUAUUCAUCCAUUGCGUUGUUGGUAUCUCCCGGUCGGCAACACUGCUCAUCGCUUACUUGAUGAUCGAGCGCGGCAUGAACGCCGCCGAAGCGCUGCAGUUCGUCUUCCGACGGCGACGCGUCUUCCCGAACCCCGGCUUUCUGCACCAUCUCGCGCAGCUGGACAACGUGCUCACCAAACGCCGCACGUUCUAUCCGCCAUUAUCAACGCGCUCGCGACUUUUAACCUUAUACUAACCUCACAACACACUAAAACGCUUAUUUUAUUACAAGCAAUCAAAUUAAUCGAAUGAACUUUUUUUUUGUAUUGUACAUAAAAUAUUUUUGCUUUAAAAAAUGAAACAAAAAUCAAUCAUCC